UUAACGUCACAUUCUAUUUGAAGAGCGUUUUUUUUCAAAGCUCAGACUGAACGGAAAUGUCUAUCAGGUUGAACGACGAUGCCAUGCGCCAGUUCCGGGUGGCCAAGGUGUUCCAGGAGACGGACGAGCACAAGCGCUCCAUGGAGUUCUCCGCGGACGGACUGCGGCUGCUGCUCUGCGACCACUCCGCCCUCUCGAUCUUCAGCAGCACGCGGCAGGUGGAGCUCUGCCAGGUGCACAUGCACCACUACCUGCCCGACGUCGCCUGCUUCGCCCAGCAGGACACUCGCGUCCUGCACUCCACCUCAAAGCAUGACUACUCCAUCCGAUGUCUGGAUCUGAAUACACGCCUCUGCGUCCGCGUGUUCGGCGGUCAUGCGAAGAGUGUCCAUGGGUUGGCCUCUCAGCCAGGAAACGAGAAUGUGUUCAUCAGUGCCGGGCGGGAUGAUCAGGUGUACAUGUGGGACUUCCGGUCCAGCACUCACACACACCGCAUAAAGAAGCUGCGGCGGCCGCUGUGCGCCUUUGAUCCUGCCGGCUUGGUCCUGGCCACCAGUACGGGCACGGAGGGCAUCGAGAUCCACGAUGUGAGGAUGCUGGGCGGGCAGCCGUGCCAGAAGUUCGCCUAUCAGGUGAAUGACAAGGCCAACUGGACGCAGUUGCAGUUCGCUCCCAACGGGAAGAGCCUGCUGCUGAGCACGGACCACUCCUGGUGCUUCAGUGUUUCGGCUUUCGAUGGCACCUACCAGCAGUCCUUCACUGGCUAUUCGAAUCAAUCAAGGCUGCCACUGGACGCCACCUACACGCCGGACUCGCAGUUCAUCCUGUCGGGCGCGGAUGAGGGCAGGAUUCACAUUUGGCGGGCUGCCGAUGGAUAUCCUGUGGCAGUGCUCAAGGGCAACAAUGUGGGUCCUGUUCGUUGUUUGCGCUUCAAUCCCAGAGCCACCAUGUUCGUGAGCAGCGACCUGCUAAUCGUGUUCUGGAUGCCCAUGGCCAACGGAGUUUACGACUGGGUGGAUCGCCUGAAGCCAGGGGAAACCAUCUCCAUUACGGAGAGUGAUGUACAACAGGAGGCUGUCAGGGCUCCCAGUAAAAUUCCCAUGCCCAAACCCAAAGUGGACAUGGGAUUCAAAAUGCAGACACUAAACAGGAAGCGGGCUUGCGCCGAAGAUCCCUUAGUGGAUCUCACCGAAGCUCUGGGCAAUAAGGACUCCCUGGAAGAUGGCGAAAUAUCCGAUGACUAAGAUGUGUACCGAUCUCUUCCUUAAAUAAAAGCAGGGGCUAUUCAUCAGCUGGCUGCUGGCUGUUGGCUGCUGGCAAAAGUUCGCAGACCAACUCCCAGCAGGGGGAUCCCCCAAACUU